AUGACGAGAGCUGAAGAACCGCCCCAGGGGCGACGAGGCUCGCUCGCACCCCAUGCACUGUACGAGACGGAGGCUGCCGAGCUCACCGACCUGUCCGUCGAUUGCUCUUUCAACUGCGUCGAGACGACAUCCCAGCGCUUAUGGAGCGCAAAAAACGACAGCGAAUACGGCCCCUCGGCGCCCGACACGGUGCUCUACCUAGCCUACGGCUCCAACAUGUGCGCGCAGACAUUCCUGGGCAUGCGCAAGAUCAAGCCCCUGUCGCAGAUGAACGUGUAUGUGCCGAGUCUGCGCCUGACGUUUAGUCUGCCGGGCGUCGCGUACAUGGAGCCGUGCUUUGCCAACGUCGACUACCGCGACGCCGACGCGGAAAGGCCUGAUGGAAGCCCGAGCAAGCACUGGGACGGCUGCCUCGUCGGUGUCGUGUACGAGGUGACCAAUUCGGACUGGCGCAACAUUAUGCGCACCGAGGGCGGCGGCGCGAGCUACCAGGAGAUUGUCGUGCCCUGCGUCCCGCUGCCCAGCAGCGCGACGGGCGGCGCGACCCUGCCAGGGACCUUUAUGGCCAGGACGCUGCACGCACCGCGCACCCCGGACCACAAACGGCCUGGGAACUGUGGGUGGUGGGAUCGCCUCACGACCGGGCCGUAUCGCCCGCGAGACGACUACGCGCAGCCCAGCCAGCGCUACGUGAACCUACUGCGGACGGGCGCCCAAGAGCACGGCCUACCGCGGGUGUACAAGGACUACCUGGACUCGAUACAGCCCUACACGCCGACGCAUACUGGGCAAAAGAUUGGCAAAUUUGUCUUUCUAGUCUGUUUCGGGCCCCUCUUCCUCUUCAUGCUCCGUGUGGCGGCGCUCUUUGCCGACGAAACAGGCCAGACACCCAAGCUCCUGUCGGGGCUUAUGACUGCCAUGUCCAACAUGAUGUGGAUCACCUACGAUUAUGUCUUGAAGCCGGUUUUUGGAGAUGGCGAGAGAACGGACGCGACAGACUAUGCGAAAGGGGAGUCGACAAAAACAGCCUCCGGUUUAAUACUCCUAUUAUGGGUUGUCAAGCAGAUCAUCCGUGAUUUUAACAGUCUCAAGCCUUGA